UUAGCACAACCCGCAGAACCAACAAAGCGUUCUCUCCGUGUUCAAACCUGGAAGAAAUUCAGUGAGAACAAGUGUGGUGUACGUUAUAGCGCUAUUUUCAAUUCUAUUCCCAAUUUUCUGCAAAGCGAUAAGGCUGCCACACUUUUGACUGAGACUGACGAUUUUAAAAAUGCUCAGAAUAUCCAAGUCAACAUGGAUCGCUCUUUACAUGCUGUCAAAUUACAAGUUUUGCUUGCUGACAAGAAUCUUUACUUGCCUGCAACUCGUGCAUCUAACGCAAUUGUCCUUAAGGUUGAUGUACCUGAAAAUGCUACUGAGGAACAAAAAAAGAAAUGUUUACGUGUUCAAGAUGUUCAACAGCAUCGCACUGAAAUACAUCUUGAUGAUAAGGUUAAGCUAGACAUGGUUGUUAUUGGUUCUGUUGUUGUAUCGCGUGAUGGUUAUCGAAUUGGACGUGGCAAUGGUUUUGCUGACCUUGUAGUUGGUGUACUUAUUGAAAGUGGUGCAAUAACUCCAGAGACAAUAAUUGUUACACUCGUUCAUGAUAUCCAGGUAAGAUAA